AACUUGUCACCGAUAUUUGCACUCCCCAGUUCCGGACAAUAGCAUUUGCGUAUGAUUUGUGAAUGAACUUCCCGUUUUCUACAGCGUGGACCGGCAUGGAGGUAUGGAAACCAUUGAACAGUGGUACUAUCUUGAUAACCUUCAUACCUGAUCACCUUCGUUACUCUCGUCUUCGUCCAUCGGGACAACUUCUCAGCUCGGGAAGAUCACUCAUCGUUAGAUCACUUUAGAACAAAAAUUAAAUCCCAGUUUGGUUUAAAGAAACAGCCGUUUGUUUGUAAAAAUAAAAUUUUAUCCCGGGGACUCUGUUGUGGUUCGAUCGACAAGUUGAAAACCGGAACCUGGGUCAAGCUAAACAACGGCAUCACUUCCUGCUCCACACCGUGCUACCAGACAGCUGCUGCUGAAGGAGUACAUGGGGGGGCCUUUUUGGUCGAAUUUGGAAGCAGCAUGAAACCAAACAAAACUCCCGCACACACACGCUGUCUGGACAGUAAGGGCUCCAACGGUUAAAGGCUAGAAGAACAUGGCUGAUUGUUUAGAUUAUGAUGUCGCGUAAAAAUAGAUCUCAUCUUGAAAUGGUUUAACGUUUUUGUUUUUCGACUUACGUUUCCAAAGUGUUUCUUUCCACCCUUUGCUGUGUCAGGGAAUGGACCAACAUUUACAUUACAAUACGGUCGGGAUACGGGCGUGAACAACACGAUCGCGAUCGGUCGGUACAAUGUCACGAUGGACACUGGUAUAAAGCGUUUGGGAUGCUUGGAGUCUGGCCUCAGUCACGUGGUUCCCGUUGGACUCGGUUGGUGUUUGGAUAGCUGUUUGAGAAAGGUCAGUUUCUUGGACGAUCUUGUUUCGGUUGCCCGUUUGUGAAGGUAUGUGGAACGGUGUACUGAUCGCGUUCGCAGUACUCUCGGCACUGUACUGUUAUUGGGAUGCUCGAAAGCCCAAGAAAUUUCCACCUGGUCCAACUUGGCUCCCAUUCAUCGGGAGUGGUUUGGUGGUGUUAAAGUUGGCCCGUUCUCUCCACUACUUUCAUCUGAUGUGGUUAGCACUCUGCCAGCAGUAUGGUCAAAUUGUGGGUGUUCGUUUUGGCCAGGAUCGUAUCAUUGUCGUAUCGGGACGGGAAGCAAUUCGUGCCAUGUACGCGAAGGAACAGUUCGAUGGUCGUCCAGAUGGUUACUUCUUUCGGAUGCGUUCGUUUGGCCAGCGUCUUGGAGUCGCUCUGACCGAUGGACCAAAUUGGGAGGUACAGCGUAAGUUUGCCGUUCGCACAAUGAAACAGCUCGGUAUGGGACGGAACGAGUUUGUGCGUGUGAUUGAGCGAGAGGUGCAGGAAUUGGUUGAGAACUUCCGUAAACGGGCAGCCGCGGGAGAAACAUUCCCGAUGAGCGGUUCAAUGGAUGUGGCGUUGCUAAAUGUACUGUGGGUGCUUCUGGCUGGUCAGCGAUACGAGCUGGAGAACGAACGAUUGGGCUGGUUAGCCGAAACCAUUCAUCAAACGUUUCACGUAAUCGACGUGUCGGGCGGAACAUUGAACCGGUUCCCUUGGUUGCGCUUUGUCUGUCCGGAAAGCUCCGGAUACGGUCCGAUGCUACGAUUACUAAAGCCUCUUUGGGGUUUUCUAGAGGAAACGAUUGAAGCGAUCAGGAAGAAUCCUCACUGUCCCAGCCGGCGCGACAGUCUCAUCUCGGCCUUUCUGGUGGAGAUGUCCCGGGCGGAACAUCACAACUCGUUCACCGAUUCGCAGCUCGUCAGUUUGUGUCUGGAUCUGUUUCAGGCCAGCAUUGAAACGAUUAGCAGCGUGCUCGGAUUCGCCUUCCAGUACAUGCUGCACUAUCCGGAUGUGAUGCAUAAGGUGCAGCGGGAACUGGACGCGAUCGUUGGGCCGGACAGAUUACCAACGGCCAAUGAUAGACCUCAGCUGCCGUACACCGAAGCGGUCAUCCUGGAGGUGGAACGUAUAGCGACCGUCGUACCGGGUGGGCUUGUACAUCGAGCUAUGGAAGAUGUGGAGCUGUGUGGAUACCACAUACCGAAGGAUGCCAUCGUGCUACCGUUGCUGUACUCGCUACAGAUGGAUCCGAAAUAUUGGGUCGAUCCGGACGUUUUCCGACCGGAGCGAUUUCUAAACGAAGAAGGCGAUCGUGUUGUACAGCACGAUCUUUUCAUACCUUUUGGUGCGGGUCGACGCCGCUGUCUUGGGGAGGCACUAGCCAAACCGGCGGUGUUUCUAUUCUUUAGUGCGAUUCUGCAUCGGUUUACGAUCGAAUGUGCAGACAAGGAAUUACCAUCGUUAAGUGGAGUUGAUGGUAUAACUUUGUCACCACAACCGUACAGCCUGAGAAUGCUGGAACGGCUGUGUAGGUAGUUGAUGGUAGUUGCAUAAACUUUCAGUAUUUAAAACAAAAAAGCGAAUUUGAUAUUUAUAUUAUGACAACGAAGAAUUGAUUUUUGUCCUUUUUAAAACCCCAUGCCUAUUACAUCCUCAUUUUUGCGUAAUUUACAAAUCGUUAAGAAUGUUUCCCGCGAAAAGGG